AUGUUGCCCUCUGGCAAGACAGAAGGCCAUCAGCUGGCCGAGCUUAAGCAGCAGAUGCGACAAAAGCAGAAAGAGAUAGACGACCUUAAGACAGCGCUUGGACAAAGCCACAUUCCGCAGCAGAGCACCAAGGAAGCCGCCACCGCCACCGCAGCUCCGGCAACCUCGAGCCUCUCUCCCACCGACUUCACCGACCUGCUCCUCCCGCAGCUCCGCGCUUACAUGUUCGUCUUCUACAUGCACCUCAAGAACCUCCACGACCAACAGCUGGUCUGCCUCUCCAUUGAGAACCUGUUGACUUCGAUCCGUGAUGGCGUGCGCGAGGGCAAGCACCAACGACCGUUGCUCCAUGCUGAGUUGUUUACCGAGGAGGCUCUGGAGCCCCUGGCAACGUUGAAGGAGAGGAUCGCGGCGGACCAUGAGGCCAUGAGAGAGCUGCAAAGGAGGAGCCGCGGACGGGAUGACGUCUUGAAGCAGGUACAGGAGGGGCUGGAGUCUUUGUUGCGCCAGGUUCAGAAGGGCAAAGGAGACACGCCCAUCACGUCCCCGGGCACCUUCCCCACCUCCAUGCGCGGCCUGGGAAAGGAAAAGAUGCACGUUAUGGAGAGCAAUGCUCACAAUGGCGGCGACAACGGCGAUGACUCCUCCUCCUCCUCCUCCGGUUCUGAUACCGAUAUGGAGUAG